AUGGCUAUUACUACGAAAACGCUAACCGCAUUUGUUUUCAGUAUCAUUUGUAUUAUAUCUUAUGUUGAUUGUCAUACAACAAUUGCUAGUGCCCCAGCCCCAGGCAUGUACGGAACGGAAUCUUCACCAGGUAAUGAUCCUGUCAAGUAUGGAGGUUGCUUUAUAACACCAGCGUGUUUUGCCCCAGGCCAAUAUACCAUUGGUUGCAUUGUGUAUUGUAAAACAUCUCAUUAUGCUAUUGGCAAGUGUGAGGGACCAAAAUGUUGUUGUUAUCAACAUAUUGAUAAUGCGUCUGAGGUGAAACAAUCCAACCAAAUGUAAUUGUAUCACUUGAAACAUAACAUCAACACUUUUAUUAUGUUCUCAAUAUUUAUA